AACUGCAUUCAGCCAGUGUCGUGUCCUCUAAUCGAAAAAAGAAAAGCUGAAAAUCGUGUUUAUUAAUUAAUGCAUUUUUCAAUCAUUAACUGUAUACUGCAUUUUCUGCCGAUGCAGUAAAAAGUAGGUCGUAGUUUAUGUAAAACUAAGCAUCAAAGUUCAAACCAAAUUUCGAGGAAUAAAAUUUAAUAAUUGUAAAGGUGAAAGGGCUUGCAGUUAGUGGCUUCGCGUAGUUUCGUUUCCGGUUGUGAUUGAUUUGUUUGCGUGGGUGUCACGACCAAGGACAUUCUCUGUGCAUCCUCACUCGGGGGGCAUCGCUCCCUUGGCGGCUGGCAGCACAAUGCUGGAAUGGUCGUUCAAUCUAUUUUUGUCGGUGUUUUUGAUUCUUGGUGGAGUUUGGGUGGCCGGGCGAUAUUUUCUGAAGGAGGAUGUGGUCUACAUUCCGGAUGGGAAGCGUCGUCACGCGUGGAAAUCGGUAAAGCUGCUGAGCCGGUCUUGCUUCUGUUCGAUUUGUGAGAAUCUGAUGUCGUCGAAUGGGGUAUUUUGCGAAAAUUGCGGAGUCUGUUCGGACAAUGGAUGCGUGCGGAAGGCGGAUACGGAGUUUCGCUGCAAGGAGCUGCGCAUCCGGAGCCGAGCGGACGAUGGAAAGGAGAGCCGGCAUCUGUGGGUGAAGGGAAACCUACCGCUGGGGUCAGAAUGUUCGGUCUGUUCGGAGGAUGUGGAUCAGACGAGCGAACCGGGACUGUACGGUCAGCGAUGUGCGUGGUGUCAGCGAUCGGUGCACGAUAAGUGCUUCAGUGAGGUUUCCAACACGCUGUGCGAUUUUGGCGAGUUUAAAAGUAUGAUUUUUCCACCGAAGUGUAUUUUGGCGUCGCGAACCAAGGACGCUCCGAAGGUUCACUUGACCGGAAUCAUUCCACCCGAGUGGAAGGACCAGUGGAAACCGCUGAUAGUUGUUGCAAAUUCGAAAUCUGGAAGCAGUGAGUCACUGGAAGUGGUCGCAUCGAUGCGUGGAAUCUUGCACCCGCUGCAGGUGUUUGAACUGGAAUCACACGGUCCGCAGGAAGCGCUACAGUGGGCAAUCUAUGCAGCACCAGCAACGUGUAGGAUCCUGGUUGCCGGAGGUGACGGAACCGUCGAUUGGGUUCUGAAUACGUUGCUUCAAAUGAAGGUCGAGCCCUUGCCUGAGGUGGCAAUUCUACCACUUGGAACAGGAAACGAUCUUUCGCGGGUACUCGGAUGGGGUGCCGAAGGGCCGGACUCGUUCAACCCGAUCGAAUACAUGAGGAAGAUCGAGAAAGCCGAACCAGUGCAGCUAGAUCGGUGGCUGAUGGAGAUUUCCGUACAUCAUCAAAGUCGGUUUCAUGUUCCACGCUUCCACUACCGGAGAAGCGUGUUUGUGUACAACUAUUUUAGCAUUGGUGUUGACGCGCUGGUAACGUUGAAUUUCCACAAGGCUAGAGAUAGUUCGUACUAUGUGUUUAGCAGCAGAUUUAUAAACAAGGCUUUAUAUUUGUGCUACGGUACGCACCAAGUGGUUCAGCAGGAAUGUGUCGACUUGCAGCAGAAGGUGGAACUCUACUUGGACGACGUCAAAAUUGAGCUACCGGAAUUGCAGUCCAUUGUCGUACUUAAUAUCGAUUCCUGGGGAGCCGGAGUGAAACUUUGGGAAAUGAGUCGCGAUUCACCCACUCACGGUGGCAGCAUGCGCGAAGCUCAUAGCAUUUCCGACGGGAUUCUGGAAGUAUUUGGCGUGGUUUCGUCGUUCCACAUUGCCCAACUGCAGGUCGGACUGAGCAAGCCCGUCCGGCUGGGACAGGCCCGCAGCGUAAAGAUCAGAAUGCACGGAACUCUCCCGGUACAGGCGGACGGUGAACCCUGGAUGCAGUCGCCCUGUGAUAUUAGCAUUAACCACUGCGGGCAGGCAACAAUGUUGCGCAAUGUGAACCAGUGAACUGGACGGGGGAAGGAAAAGGUGAGCGUAUGUAAGUACCACUAUGAAUAACCAUUCGGUUUACUUGAAUUUGAAGAUCUGCUUCGAAACGAUCACGAAUCUAUUUAUUUUAAGUUUAGGAACCCACGAAUCUUUAGUCAAUCUCACCGAAAGCAUACCUACUUAUAUCGUAAAGGAGUUUUGAAUACUUUAAAUCCAACCGGACGAAUUGAUAUCGAGUAGAAAUGUAAGAUCUGUUGUUAUCGAGUAUUUAAAUUGGUUAGUUAUAGAACGAUGGAGAUGAAAAGUAAUUCCACAAUGUUGAGAUAUUUAUUAUUGAAUCUAGUUUUUUUUAUACGUAAGAGCCACAUGGCUAAUUCGAGAAGAAUAUAAAUCAUACGGGAUGAAGUUUACUUAAGCUUAAGAAUUGUUUAAGGUGAAUAUUUUGGUUUCGUACUAACCUGCAUUAGAAAAGCAGGAAUUGCCUGUUUUUUUACAAACGGAAGACUUCGAACCAUGGCAGAAUAAGAUAUUAUCAUUCAAUCAAUUAUUGUGUACCUACUUGUGUAAUCCUGAUAUCGAUGUGCAUUUCCUUAUUGUGCAUUUUACUUGUUGGCGUAAAAAACAUAAUAUUGGAAUAGAUUUGUAUUUAUGAAUUAUUGCAUUGUAUGUCCUGUCCCAGAAAGGAGACAGAUUUUCCAAGUGAAAUAAUACCAAAACAACAAAUUC